AUGGCUGGUAAAAACCAACUUCCAUUUCAUGUGCGUGCCACUGAUGUUGUACACAGACUAACGGUCCUAGGGUUAGCCGGGUUCUGCAUUGUUGGUGGAGGAUCAAUAGCAUUCAAUAUUUGGGCAAAUUCAGAUUUUGCUCCUUGGAAUAAGAAAAAGUUAAAAUUUGAGGAGGAACAGUACCACCAAUCAAGAAACGAGGGUGAUUCAAGUUCUACGGAAGCUUAA